UUUGUGGAUUAACCUUAAACCAAACACAUAUUUUACCCCAGGAACGCGACUUUUAUCGGACGACCCUCCCCAAGUCAAGUGGGAUAGUUUUGAGUUAGUUGAGUUAGUUGUGAGUAGCAAGCAAUUGGUCGGGUUUUGCUGUAAACCCUCAAUGUUUUUUUUUAUUUGGCAACCCUCAGUGUUGAAUUACGGAAGUAACAUUUUACAAUUUGUUUGAACGGGAAGUACACACUUAAAUUGUUGAUAUUUAAAUGAUAUAUAUCCCACUAUAGUAUUCAUAGUAUUGCGGUAACAUGGACAUAAGUUACUACAUUAUCUAUGCACUGCUGACAAACAAAGUCUCCGGAGAUUUUCUGUCUCAGCAGGUUGUGGGUGUAAUUGGACGUUCUACUAUCUUGCCAUGUUUCUCCAGUGAUAAUGGGAACAAACACACUGAUAUUAAUGUGCGUUGGAGACACAAUGGCACCCCGAGCGUGUGUGACAUAACUGAUGGCAAAUGUUCAAGAGAGCAUCAAGCGGCGGGUUACAAGAACAGAACUGAAGUUUUCCCUGAGGAGUUUGUGAAAGGAAACUUCUCCCUGAAACUCUCAAAUCUUACAUCCACUGAUGCAGGAGAAUACCAAUGCUUCAUCAUACAUUCAUCUGAACUUGUUAAAGUACAGCUACACUUAAAUGAAUCAACAGCAGAUAAAGCAGACACAGCAGCAAAUAAAGAAGACACAACAGCAAAUAAAGGAGACCCAACAACAGAAACAAGGCUCAUGUUGCAGAUAUUACUUCCUCUGUUAAGUUUUGUUUUCUUGCUGUUAGUUUGUUUCAUUGUAUUUAAAUAUUUGAAAAGGCGUUAUAAAACCUGUGGUUCAGGGGUGUCUGCUUAUGGAGGGCACCUUUCCGACAAUGGUUCCUGCCAACCAUUAUCAAACACACCUGAAUCAGCUAAUCAAAAUCAUAAGAAUUUCUCAGGGCUUCAGAAUAACAUAUGAGUUGUGGCACUUUUACAAAUAAGUCUAAAGUUACUGUUUUAGUACAUUAUUUUUGGUGAGCUUCUUAAUUUUAUCCAUUACAGAAUUAUUACUGCUGAUCAAUUGAGAUCUGUCUGUAAAGAUCAUCUUCUCUGUGCCUGCUCGAGCUGUGCAGAGUUGUUCAUAUGCGUAAAACAACUUUGCAUAACUAAGAUUUUGCAUUCGUUCUCAUCACCCUUAUGGGAUCUGUAUCUUGUAAAUUACAAGCAAGUUUGUUUUAUUAGAGUUGGGCCCAAAUAGCCCACCAGGAACAGGACUGGUAACACCUAAUGUCAACAAUUUCAAAUGUACAUUAACUUGAUUUUAGCAUUCUGUGUACUGUAGCAGGAAAGUAGUCGCAGGGCUUGGUGAUUUGUUGGCAGUUAGCCCUAAAUCCUGUUUUUGAGUUUGUAUUGACAAGUGAGGAAACUAGA